CCGCACCUGGGAUCUGAACCGGUGAACCCUGGGCCACCGAAGCGGAACAUGUGCACUUAACCGCUGAGCCACCGGGCCAGCCUCUGAAUUAUUUUUGACUGAGAAAAUCUCCCUCAAUUGUUAAUAUUGAACACUGAAUGGCUUUGGAAAUUAGCUUUUGUUAUAGGUUUGGUAACAUGUCUUAAUGAAUUCAACCUAAAAUUACAAGGCAAAUAGUACUUAUGUACAAAACUUAUGCUGUGAUAAAGUCAUUUCAAUGACAACUAACAUUGUUUGAAUCAAAGUAAUGUCAGGCUGCUUUAUAUGCUUCUUAUGCUGUCAAAAGGUAAAAUAAGAAGCAAAAUCUCUACUCUCACACAAAUUUGCAGUGGAUAUAUAGCCAAGCUCAGACUAGAGUUCCAGCAGCUUUUUUUCAGAUCUCUGUGCAAGUACAAAGGAAAUUUCAAUACUUCAAGCCCACCUAACUGUGCAAUUGAGGAGCUUCCACACAAACUCCAGUUGGAAGUGAUUAAUCUGCAAUGUAAUGACAUGCUAAAAGGCAAAUGCCAAGAAAACAAUCUAAUAGAAUUCUCUAAAUGUCUUCCAAGAGACGAAUAUGCUCAAUUAAAAUCAUAUGCUUGUGGAUUGAUAUCAGUAUUUAGAAGUACCUAUUUCAUGGAUUGAUAUCAAUAUUUUCCAAUAUCUGUGUGAAAAGACAUUUGCAAAGAUGAACUAUGUAAAACCUCAUUACAGAUAAACAGAUGAACAUACGCAAUCAAUUUCGAGAACACUAACUUUGAACUCCAAUUAAGCAGAGUAUUAUUCCCCCAAAAGAAUUCCAUUCUUCUCAUUAAUAGUCCUAUAUUAUUGAAAAAAUUGUAUGCAAUUAUUAUUAUAUCUUUAGUUUCAACAAUAAAAUAUGCUUGGACAUUUGUUCUCUCUCUUGUUAAUAUAAGCACCUACAUAAUGGUCUGGAUUUUACCUCUGGGCUCCCCAAACCCAAAAUGUUUACUUUCUGCCCUUUACAGAAGAAGUUUCCCCAACCCAGGUUGUCAAUACAUUGAAGUGCUAUAGUUGUGCUGACAAUCGCAAAAUUAGGAUAGGAGUUGAAUGGACCUAAAGGUAGCGCAGGACCCUAAGGCCUCAAAGAACAGGGAGGUGAUUGUGAGCAAUCUUAGAACCUGAGUCAUUCAUUGGUUAUUCAUUGGACACAGGGCAUGUCGAUCCCCUCUUCUCAGCAAAUGAGCUUGGAGCUCAUGGUGAGGGGGCGUGGCCCUCUGACCUCUGGCCCCGCCCCCGUCACCUGCCUUGCAGGCUCUUCGCGCCUUGUCCGCUUCCGUCUGAGGCGCCUCUCCUGACACUGCUGCCCUGCCCUUCGCCCCUGGGGCCUCCUCGGGCACCCCACAGACUGUUGUCCCCUCAGCGGCGCACUCCUCUGCCGCCCCGUCGGUCCGCCUCAGGCCGGGCCCCACUGCCCACAGCCUCCCCUCAGCGGCGGCCACCUCGGGGGCCACCAUCUUUGCUGUCGACGCCACAGUCUGAUCGCCACCCCAGUUGAGGUACCGCCUGGCGCCAUGUCUGCCACAGGAGAAGGAGACCUGGCCGCAGGUGGCCUGGACAGGCCCGUGGGCGUGCCGGGGGCGUGUGCCCUGGCGGCCGGGGCUGGCGACGGGCUGGUCGGCGACUCGGGGCCCCACGGGGUGGCGAGAGUCACGGCGGCGGCGGCGGGAGCCCUCGGGGAGGCGGCAGGGGAGCCGGGGGCCGGCGGCCCGGAGGGCGGGAGCGCCGAGGAGGACUCGGACAUCGAGCCGGCCGAGGAAGGCGAGGAGGCGGCGGCGGCGGGCCGCCUGGCGGUGGACGCGGCGCAGUUCCCGCGGGCGAGCUUACGCCUCCUCUUCCUGGAGUUCGCGCAGUCGCUGCUGCGCCGCCUCUUCUACAAGAACCACGUGCUGCUACGGCCCUGGCCUCCGGCGCCCGACGGCUUGGCCCAGCGCCCCGCGCCCCGCGGGCCGGCGCCGCAAGAGCUGGCCGCCUGCGCCCUGCCGCCGGUCCAGGACCCG